GUGCCCGCCUCCUCUGUGUGCGCCCUCCCCGUCUGUGUGUGUGCCCUCGCCCCCAGCCCCCUCUCCCCGGGACCAGGCGCCGGCCGGCAGCAUGGGCAGCGGCCGCUCCGCCCUGAGGGUCUGUGCCGACCACCACGGGGGCAUCAACUGGCUGAGCCUGAGCCCGGACGGGCAGCACCUGCUGACGGGGAGCGAGGAUGGCACUGCCCGACUGUGGGGCACCGCGGACGGAAGGUGCCGGGGACACUUCCGAGGUCACGAGAGUUACAUCACCUUCUGCCAUCUUGAGAACGAGGCGGCCUACACCUGCAGUGCCGACCACACCAUUCGCAAGUGGGACGUGCUGACCGGGGAGUGCUUGGCCAUCUACAGAGGGCACACGUCCAUCGUGAAUAGGAUCCUAGUGGCCGAAGACUUCCUGUUCAGCGGCUCCUACGACCGGACAGCGCGCUGCUGGAGCGUGGACGGGGAGCGGCAGGUCCAGGAGUUCUGGGGCCAUCACAACUGCAUCCUCACCCUGGCUCACUGCCCCCCCAGGGAGGUCGCGGCCGCGGGGCCCGGGGAGGGGCCGGACCGGGGCCUCCUGGUGACGGGCAGCUCGGACUGUACGGCCAAGGUGUGGGGCGUGUCCAGCGGCUGCUGUCUGCGGACCCUGCGGGGUCACACCGGGGCGGUGCUGUGCCUGCUGCUGGACGCGGCCCGCGGGGAGCUGUUCACCGGCAGCACGGACGCCACCGUCCGCGCCUGGAGCCUGACCACCGGCCAGAUGCUCAGAGUGCUCCGAGACCACCGGGGCGCCGUCAUCUGCCUGGAGCUGGAGAACGGGCUCUUGUUCUCGGGAAGCACUGACCGGACGGUGAGGUGCUGGCAGGCGGACACCGGCGAGGGCAUCCGCACCUACAGGGCCCACAAGCACAGUGUCAGCGCUCUCAAGUGCCACGCUGGCACACUGUUCACAGGGAGCGGGGACGCUUGCGCCAGGGCCUUCAGCACGGAGUCCGGGGCUCUGCGGAGGGCCUUCCGGGGACACUUGUUCAUCAUCAACUGCAUCCAGAUUCACAACGGCGUCCUAUAUACGGCCUCCCACGACGGCACGCUGCGCAGCUGGGACAUCCGCGGGGUCUGCGAGCCGAGGGACCGGGGCUCCCCGAGACGUGGCCUCCCCCGUCUCUUCCGCAACAGGGUCGGCUGCCUGGCCCCGAGCCCCGCGGGCCGGGCCGGCGAACCCGCGUGACCGGUGGGGACGGGCGGGCGGACGGAACCGAUGGCGGACGCGGGCCAAGAGAUGCGGAGUCCGGCUCUGUCGGCUUCAGGCCCGCCCCCCAACUCACAGCCUUGGGCCAAGCCCUGGGUUUCCAGGUUUGUUGCAGACGUUGGUAUUUCUAAAUAGUUUUUUAGAACCCCUCCCUAACGCCCGACCCCCCAUCGCCCCGAUGCCCACCGGGUAGCCGGGCCGGGGUGGAGAGACUGGUGUUUGGGGGGUGCCCAGAGAUGUUCCGCAGCCACUGGGGUUGGCCCCGUCGAGAGGGUGAAGCGAGGGGGCUGCCCUCCCUCCAUCACGUUGCCCGGCGGGCCCGUCUCCAGGGAAGAGACGGGGUGACCGGCGGUGCGAAUGGGGGACACCGAGGCUGCAGGGUGAAGGAACGUGCAGCGGACGGCCGGGCCAGGCUGACCAAGCUGGGGGCGGCGCCCUCUGCUGGACAGCCGGGGGGCACGGCUGUGCCGCCCGCUCCGACACAGGCACGGGAAAAGCUUCCAAGGAAAAGCAGGUCUGGAUCCCACCGUGCCAAAGCAUCUCCCACCUCUACUCUCCUCGGAUUGGGGCUCGUUGCUGCGGGCCCAGGCCCGAUGCACACGGCUGCCCUGACGGUGCUCCUUCCCGGGGUCCAGAUGGGGGUAAGGUGCUCGCCCUCGGGGAUUGAUGGGAGAGUCUGUGCCAGACCCGUCCCGCCCCCUCCCCGGCAGACGGGCCCGAGGGGAGUAAAGGUGCCCAUCCAAAUGGUGCUGGCCCUGUUUCUGGGGUGGGAUCAAAGAUCAGUGCGUCCACCAGGCUCCAAUGGGUGCUCAACCCCAGAGAGAGGACCCUCGUUGCAGCCCCGCGCGCUAUAAAGACGGGAAACAUUCGCUGAUGGGUAUUGCAUUUAUUGCAACGUUUUUUAAAAGAACUUCCCAUCCCGGUGGGGAGCAAAGACGGUGAUCCCAGGGUAGCCCCGUGCCCACCCACCGGAACCGACGCUCUCCCUCUGGCAGCAGGGGACAGAGGCUCAUAGAGGUCAAACCCCUUGCUCCCAAUGGCACAGCUCAUCCCGGGGUGGGGGAAACCUGUCUGUCGCCUCUGCUACCUUCUGCCCCUCGUGUUGGAUUUAAAGAAAAACGGGGGCAGAUCAAGCACGUCGGCCCAAGAGGCUCCUAAUGACUCUAAUACCGCACCGAGGAGGAUGCGGGGUGUUAUGUUUUCGGCUACGCCGCCGGGGGAAGGAGGGUGCACUUCCACUCCCACCGUGACCGCGCAUCUUUAGAAGUGUACUGGUUUCGACGCUACGUUAAAGAAAAAAAUCCGUCAGCAUAUCUAAACCUGCUAGAGAGCCCUCGACUAGAAGUGGCAUUAAAUAGAACAGUGUCGAUUUCAGUUAAAAAUAGACUCGUUUUUCUUUUGACUCAAUCCCUGAAAGUGUGAGAAGAGGUGAGGUCGGACAUUUCUGCUCUAGCUUUUCCCAGAGGAGG